AGACGUUUCAGCCCAAGGGCUGCGCCUUCGGGCGCGACGAGCCAUGGACCAACAGGUCAUCCUGAAGACACUCGGUUCUCUGGAUGACAGCAUUCUGGCAACUGUCUUGGCUACACUGGUGCAGAGCAAGCCUGAACUGGCCCCGGGCCUUGUGAACGUAUGCGUUCCGGACCUGACCUUUGCACCCAGCAAGGGCUUGACCGAGAAGCGCUGCGUUGGGACUGUGAGGACGAGACUAAACCCUGGUAUGGGCGUGGGCCUGAUCAAUUGCCCAGACCUGAGUAGCGUUUUUGGCUGCGAUGUGGUGGUCAAGCCCACGCAAGUCGCUGGCUUUGUUGAAGGUCAAGAGGUCAACUUCGCCGUUACCUUGAAUGAAGAGAACAAGCCACAGGCGUUUGACCUGAUAGACAACAACACCGGCAUGAAUGGAAUGGCUAGCAUGGGUGGCUGUGCCAUGGGCGGCUGCGGAAUGCCCAGCAUGGGGGAUGGGAUGGGUUCAGGCAUGGGAUGUGGCAUGGGAGGAGGUUGCUGCGGGUGUGGCGGCUGCGGUGGAGGCUGCGGCUGUGGUGGCGGCUGUGGCUGCGGCUGCGGUGGUUGCGGUGGCUGUGGCUGUGGGCCUGGUUGCGGGGGCUGCGGCCCUGGUUGUGGCUGCGGUCCUGGCUGUGGCUGCGGCGGUUGCGGCUGCGAUGGCAACAUGGGAGGCAUGAUGCCGCCGCCACAUGGAAAGGGCGGGAAGGCGAACGAGGAGGUUCUUGGAGAGUUUUAUGGCAUCAUCAAGAGCUACAACCCAGAGAAAGGCUUCGGAUUUGUAGCUUGCGAUGCUCUCAAGCACCAGCAUGAGGGCGACGUGUACCUGAACAGCAGGCACAUUGGGGACUUCAAGGUUGGACAGGAGGUCAAGUUUCAGGCCUUCUUGCACAACGGCCGAUUACAAGGCAGAGAAUUGCAGGAUGCCACAGGCCUGGUGGGCCCUCAGUCUGGCGCUGCCCCGGGCUUCGCCGAUGAGCAGGAACUUGGAGUCUUUGCAGGGAAGAUCAAAACAUUCCAUCAGGACAAAGGUUUUGGCUUCAUUGUUUGCGAAGCGCUCACUAUGCAGGGCUUCCAGGGAGACGUGUUCCUCCACCAGAAGUUCAAAGGGGAGUUCAAGGAAGGUGACAACAUCGCCUUCAUGGCGGUGCUCCGCAAUGGCAAGCUGCAGGCAAAGGACCUGGAGCCAGCCCCCAGCGACGCUGGCACCGGCAUGGGUGGCAUGGGCAUGGGAAUGCCUGGGCCCAUGGGCGGCAUGGGUGGCAUGGGUGGCAUGGGCGGACCCAUGGGCGGUGGACCCAUGGGCGGUGGACCCAUGGGCGGUGGACCCAUGGGGGGCGGACCCAUGGGCGGUGGACCUAUGGGCGGACCCAUGGGCGGCAUGGGUGGGCCAAUGGGCCCGAUGGGUGGGGGGCUGGGCAUGGGGAUGACCCCUGGCUGCAUGGGCGGCAAGGGCGGCUGCAAAGGUCGGCCUGGGCCAUACUGAGUUCACAAGCAGCCCCUUUCCACGUCCGUUGGCGCGUUGCGGCUUUUCAUAUUGCAGGCAUCGACUUUGCGGCCUCCCUUCUAUUUUUUUAAAAGUCUUGUUGGAUCCUACCUGAGGGUGCUUUCCCAGUUGUUUUUUUGCUGCUGACGUUGAACCUGCAGCCCUGUGCGGCUUGCCCGGCGCAGCCAGUGGAGAGCAAUGUUCGAGGUUUUGGUUUCACUCGUUAUGAAGCUAAUCCCAACUCAGCACCCAGCGUGUCGAUCACACGAGGGGCUGACAAAGCGAGAACUAAGCAAGCGCAAAAGCAA